AGCCGCCCAUUAUCCGGGAAAAUUCAAACGAGUUUUUAUGGUUUUUGUUUAACGCAAGGAUGACAGAGGGACUAUAAACGGUUAGGCAGACUUUUCUCUUACACAAAAACAUCAUCAUGUAUCAUCCACUACAGGACUAUUUCAUAGCACCUGGAGUCCCUAAGUCUACUGACAUGAUCACACCAGUCAAAACUAAACCUAAAAUAGCCAGCACUCGGGCACCUGGGUCAGGGAGAAAGCUUUCAAACAGAGACGUGUUGGUGAUGAACUCCACAGCUCAGAGUGCUGAAGAAAACAGCCCAAAUAUCCCCUGUGAGCUCAGCAGCAUCAAUGCCACGGCGGAUGUUGUGCCUCAAGACAAAGCUGACCUGAUGCUGAAGAAGGGCACUGAGACUCCAGCAAAGAUUUUUGCAAGAAUGAAAGCAAAAGUUCAGAGACAAAAUUCUGCCGGGAACGAGGCAGCUUCUAUUCAUGUAAAUAAUCUGGAGAUUUGUAGUGGUGACCAGAUGUCACAAAAGACUAACGUCAGCCAGGAGACAUAUGUGAUCGCCGUCUCACCUCCACAGUCGUCACAGCCUGAAGAAAUAGACUCAUCACAAGAAAGAAGUUCUGAAAGACAAAUCAAAGUUUUUAAUGCUGAGUCGGAGUCAUUUAUUGCACCAUUUGUUUUACUGGAGAAGAUUCCCAGGGUUAUGGAAGCAAAACGAAAACAAAUGCCAGAGAGUCCUUGUAGGAGAAACAAACAGCCCAUUGUGCUGCUAGAGAAAGUGGUUCCAGUUGAGAUGUUGGCCCAGCUUCAGCAGAAACCCGUAAGAUUUGUCAGUGGAUUGAAGGACAUCAGAAAUAAAGGUGCUUGUGUAGUCUUUGGCGAGAGGAGCAUUUCUGAAGAAAAAGACUACGAGAAAGACCUCCAAAUAGAGCAGUCCAGUAGUCCUGAGUCUGAUCCAUUUAGUCGGUCUGAGUCUCAGUCGGAUUGCACCGAAAUUGUCCCUGGACCCACUCAUAAUCUGCUGGAUGAUCCUCUUCUGCUGCUUUCUCCCCGUGUCCUGAUCCCACGAAAGCAAGCAUCUGUGCUUCAGUCAAAACGACAAGCCAGACAAGUGGAUGGAGCUGUAGAUGAAGCAACCAAUGUGACAGGGAUUCAUUUAAGAGACUGGGUUGUGAAACUGCUCAACAAAGAGCUUGUGGUGGAUGGUAUUCGGAUAGACACUAUGAUACCUUGGCACAGCAGUUUUAUCGUUGAAAGAAUCUCGAGUAAUGUCCUCAAGACAUCAUCUGGCGGAACCUACGUUCUUAUUGGGAAAAUGGCCAAACAUCCCAAUUCAUUGUUUCCGUCGUGGUUUUUAAAGAAGUUUCUUUUUGGGUUUCCAAAAAUGUGGAAGGAGUACCUGGAUCAGUUUUUGAGUGCUUAUACAGGAUCACAAAAAAGUCAAAAGGACAACAGCAGUUCUGUGAAACCUCCCAAAGCCAGAAAAAACUCAACAUCCAAACAUCCUAAGGUUCAAGACAUUACAACAUCUCCUGUUACUCCCACUGAUGGUGUUCAGCAGGACAGUGCCAAAGUGUCCCGCAGUGGCAGGAUCAUCAAACCACCACUGGAAUACUGGAAAGGAGGGAGGAUUGUUAUGGACUCUGAGAUGAACGUUACUGUCCAUGAAGACUAUUCCACCUCAGUACCAUCCACGCCAAAGAAGCCAUCAUCACAGAUCUCAGAGGAAAAAUCAUUCAGACCCGAAACUAUGGAAAGAGAGAGAUGCAUCACAUCUAGCAGUGAAGAUGAAUUAUCAGUGCCAAUGAGGAGAAUCAAACAGCUUUCCAAACCCCAAGAGAAGAUCCCCAGCAAUCCACUUCCGGCUGAGAACACAACACGGAAUAAACCUCCAAGAUCUCAGAAAGGACCCCUAGUAGUGACCACCAUGUCUGAUUCAAUUCAUGCAGCUAAACAAAAAGCUAGUAGACCUCAAAGAGCCUCUCUGAGAAAACAGUGUUCAGCAGAAAAGGAUACCUUUCUGAGUUCAGGGACAGAAAUGAAGGAAAAGACAAAAGUUGAUGCAGUAAAUGCUAAUUUCAUGCCUGGAGAUAGAGGAACAACAUAUGAUGAACAGGAGACAGGCUUAGAGGAAAAUCCAAAAACAAAGUGUAACAGCAAGUCCUCCCAAAAACAAAUUCAAGUUGAACCACAGCCCAUGCCACACGACUGCAGUUCCUUACGCCGAAGCUCUCGCAUAAGCUCCAGAAUCAUAUACUCUACAGACUCAAACAGCUCAUUCACUUCUCCAGACCUUCCAGGAAGGCAAAGAGGAAAAAGAAUCACAGCCCAGAAACAGCUAACAAAAUCUCUAAAGACCUCUGUACUGCAACACUCUAAUGGGCAUAAGGAACAAAUUGAACAAAAAUCACUGAGAGGUUCACGUAGACAAAAAGCGAUCUCACAAAAAAAUCCAGAUGAUGUUUUGGUGGAUGCUUCUACUUCUUUUCCCACAGAUGACGAUGAUGAAGAGCGAGUACAACAUGAAAAAAAUACCACACUAUUGUUGAGAAAGGCAAAACAAAGGAAAGGUAAAUCCCAACCUAAAAGUAAUGGACCCCCAUUUUCCUUGGAGAACAUGCAUUCUGAGCACUCGGAGGAUGAGGAAAGAGUUUCAAAUAAUAGAGCAAAGAAAUCUGAAAAAGUAAAAGUGAACAGUAGAAGCAAAAAACCACAAGCAAAAAACAACACGGUUAAUGAACAAGAUGAUGGAAAAUGGACUGAAGAAGAGCUGCAAAAACUACAUGAGAGUGUUAACUCAUUACCCAAACACCAGAGCGGUUACUGGGCACACGUCGCAUAUGUUGUUGGCACCCGGUCGGCUGAAGAGUGUCAUGAACGGUAUAAUGCCCAUCAGAGGAAGAACAAAAUCCCCAGACAAAGAGUAUCAAAGAAACCAGCAGCAACUGAGGAGCCGGGCAAGGAAGUAGUUGAAAUCACCGCUAAAGCUGGAACACUUAAAAGGAGACAUCAGAUGAGACAUUUCUUAGACCACAUGCCCAAAGAUGACCAUGAUGACGUGUUUAACAGCUCGCCAAUGCACAAUAAACAAAUCAAGUUGCCUGUAUUCGCUGCAAAUGGGGACGAUGAGGAUUUCAGCCAACUUCAGAACCCUCAGACCCCCAGUUCUAGCAUGUCUACUUCUGCUAAAACCCCUCAGUGUUUGCACAUCAGCCCAGGAAUGUUGGGGUCCAUCAAUAAGAAUAACUUGGAUAAGUACAUUUUCCAUCUUCAGAAGAACCAAAAAGGAAGGAAACGGAACAAAAAGUCUGCACAAAUGGAGAAGCUUACACCAACUCCAGCUGUCAGGAAGACCCUAAAAAGAUGUGUUGCUCAAGAUGAUGACUUUGUGGUGUGGAAUAUGCUCUCAGAUAAGGAUAUGCCAUCCAGAGAUGAUGACAGUGACGAGGAAGAUGAUUAUUUUAUGGAAUAUUGCUGAGCUGCACUGUUUGGAAUUAGUAAAAAGUAUCUUAAAGAGUUAGUGUCAGUGCCGGCAAUCACAUUAUUUUACAACAUUUUAGCUUCUACUUAGCAUCCAGUUGAUUUUAAUUGUGUUUUUUUUUUUUUUUGUCAAACACAGAGGCUUAUAAAAUGUUUGCUCUCCAUGACUUCUAAAAUAUCACACCAUUUUUUAAUGGCCAUCAUUUUGGUUAGUUCAUCUGCAAUGCAGAGUUUAUCAGUGGAUCGUAUUAUUUUAAUUUAGAGUUUAUAAUCUGCUGAUGUUGCUUCAAGUUGUAAUGAAAUAAGACUCAUAAAACAACGUUCAAAAGAAACGAGUUCUAAUUAUUCCUCGCUGUGUAAGAAACAAGUUGCUUUAACAGAAAAUGUAAAUGUGCCAUUUUUAAUUCUUUUAUUUGAUUUAUAUUGUAAAUACAUAUAUAAGCAAA